AAGAAAGUAGUAGGUCACAAGGAUAGUUAGGGGUAGGAUGUAACUAAGGCAGAGACAUGGAGUAGAGGCCAAAUUACCACUUUAGUGAAGGAAAGAAAGGUGGAGGAGGCGAGGAGGAAGAAACAUUUGUUUCUUCCCUGCCCCAAAGUGCUUUGGAAAUGGUGAAUGAGAAAGAACAUCUCCCAGACGCUGGCCCAGCAGUGCUCCAUCUCCCUCCCUGGAAGUAACCAGUCCUCUGCCUCUGGCUCCUGCUUUCCUCAGGUCAGGCCUUGGCGCUAGCGCCAUGAGCUGUUUCCGAAUUCGCCCGGCAGAACCCCAGGACUGUUCUGAAAUCCUGCGCCUCAUCAAAGAACUAGCUUCAUAUGAAAAUAUGCCAAAUGCAGUAAAAAUAACAGAAAAAGAUUUGCUUGAAGAUGGCUUUGGAGAACAUCCUUUCUACCACUGUCUAAUAGCAGAGGUGCCAAAGGAGGGACAAGCAGGAAGUAGUUGCACUGUAGGCUAUGCUAUGUAUUAUUUUACAUAUGAUCCUUGGAUUGGCAAGUUACUUUAUCUGGAAGACUUCUAUGUCAUGGAACCUUAUAGAGGAUUGGGCAUUGGUUCAGAAAUGUUAAAGAGAUUAAGCCAGAUAGCAAUCAAAACAAACUGUAGCUGCAUGCAUUUCCUUGUAGUCAUUUGGAACAAGCCAUCUAUAGAGUACUAUGUAAGACGUGGCGCUUUAGACCUUUCUACUGAAGAGGGCUGGCAUCUCUUCAGAUUUGACAAAGAGAAUCUUCUCAGAAUGGCAUCUGAAGAAUGAAAGAAUUCCAAGAAGAAUUCACCAUUCCAAGAUUUGUGAGAGAUUAGAUUAUUAAUCUGCAGUUUGUCCUUUCAGUUUUGCGCAAUACAACUUCUGCUGAUUACACAC